AUGGUGUUGUCAAGCGUUCUUGGUUUCCCCCGCAUCGGUGCAAACCGUGAGGUGAAAAAGGCUGUUGAAGCUUACUGGGCUGGCAAGCUCUCCGCAGAGGAUUUGAUCAAGGCUGCUGCCGAUGUCAAGAAGUCCAGCUGGACUAGCCUCAAAGAACGAGGUGUCGACUUGAUCCCCAGUGGAGAAUUCUCCCUCUAUGACCACGUUCUUGACCACUCUGCGGCAUUCAACGCCAUCCCUAAGCGUUACCAGGGUCUUGGGCUCUCUGCCCUUGAUGUCUUCUUCGCUAUGGGUCGUGGUCGCCAGGCUGGCGGCGUUGAUGUCCCCGCUUGUGAAAUGAAGAAAUGGCACGUGUUCGACUCCAACUACCACUUUGUCGUCCCAGAGUUGUCUGAGGAGACCGACUUCAAGCUCCUCUACAACAAGGCCCUUAUCGAGUACAAGGAGGCCAAGGCGGCCGGUGUUGUCACUCGCCCAGUCGUUCUCGGCCCUAUCUCUUACCUUGUCCUUGGCAAGGCCGCCAAGGAAGCAUCUGCUACCUUCCAGCCUAUCUCGUUGCUCCCCAAGAUCCUGCCUGUCUACAAGCAGCUCCUGUCUGAGCUCAAGGCUGCUGGCGUCGAAUCCGUCCAGAUCGACGAGCCCAUCCUUGUUCUCGACAAGGGUGCUGACCUCGACAAGCAGUAUGCGUUUGCUUACGCUGAGCUUGUCCCUGUCGCUCCUAAGAUCAUGCUCACCACCUACUUCAACCGCUUGGACUCUAACAUCAACUUCAUCGCCAAGCUCCCCGUCGCUGGCCUCCACAUCGAUCUCGUCCGUGCACCCCAGCAGCUCGGCGAGGUUCUUGCUGCCAUCAAGUCCACUCCCAUCGUGAUCUCUCUUGGUGUUGUUUCUGGACGUAACAUCUGGAAAGCAGACUUUGCAGCUGCCAUCAAGUAUGCACAGACUGCCAUCGCCGCUCUCGGUGCUGACCGUGUCAUCGUUGCCACCUCUUCCUCUCUCUUGCACACCCCUGUCACUCUUGCUUCCGAGAAGAAGCUUACCGAGCAGCAAAGGGACUGGUUCUCGUUCGCUCUUGAGAAGGCGUCCGAGGUUGCCACCAUCGCAGCUGUUCUCUCUGGCUCUCAAGACCCCAAGGUCUCUGCUGCCCUUGAGGCUAACAAGGUCUCCAUUGCCAAGCGUCGCCAGUUUGAGUCCACUUCGGACGACGCUGUUCGCAAGCGUGUUGCUGCCAUUACCCCUGACAUGUAUGACCGCAAGAGUCCCUUCGCCACUCGCAAGGAAGUUCAGGCCAAGCACCUCAACCUUCCCAAGUUCCCCACCACUACCAUCGGUUCCUUCCCUCAGACCAAAGAGAUCCGUACUGCUCGUGCCAAGCUCGGCAAGGGUGAGAUCUCCGAGGCUGAAUACGAUGAGUUCAUCAAGAAGGAAAUCGAGAUGGUCGUCAAGUUCCAGGAGAAAGUUGGCCUUGACCUCCUCGUCCACGGCGAGCCUGAACGUAAUGACAUGGUUCAAUACUUCGGUGAGCAACUGAACGGCUUCGUCUUCACUCAAAACGCCUGGGUACAAAGCUACGGAUCUCGUUACGUCCGUCCCCCCAUCAUCGUGUCCGACGUUAGCCGUCCCACGCCGAUGACCGUCAAGUGGAGCAGUUACGCACAGAGCGUCUCCACCAAGCCCAUGAAGGGUAUGCUUUCUGGCCCUGUCACUAUCCUGAACUGGUCCUUCCCUCGUGACGAUGUUCCACGUAAGCUGCAGUCGCAGCAGCUUGCUCUUGCGCUUCGCGAUGAGGUCCUUGAUCUCGAGAAGGCUGGCAUCAGUGCCAUCCAGGUCGACGAGCCUGCUAUCCGUGAGGGUCUUCCUCUCCGUCGUUCUGACUGGGAUGAGUACUUGCAAUGGGCUGUGGACACUUUCAAGCUCUCCACCGCUGGUGUGAGCGAUGCCACUCAGACCCACUCUCACUUCUGCUACUCCGACUUCGGCGACAUCUUCCCCUCCAUCCAGCGUCUCGAUGCCGAUGUCAUCUCUAUCGAGUUCUCGAAGAGUGACAUGAAGCUCCUCCACACCUUCAAGCAAUACGGCUACUCUAACCAGAUUGGUCCUGGUGUCUACGACAUCCACUCGCCUCGUGUCCCCAGCGAGAAGGAGAUCAUUGAGCGUCUCCAGACUACCCUGGCCAUUAUUCCCGACCACCUUAUGUUCAUCAACCCUGACUGUGGUCUGAAGACUCGUGGCUGGAAGGAAACCGAAGCUUCCUUGACCAACUUGGUUGCUGCCGCACGCUGGGCCAGAGCUAAUGCCUAA